GGUUCAACACGUACACAAAAACUAUCGAUCUCGUACAACUUGGAGUCUUGAAGUCUUAUCGAUUCAUUCAUAUAUCAGCACUACACUCCAGCGUAAAACAUCGAUAUCGAAAUAUCAGUGGAAAUACAGAAAGUAACUAUAUUUACAAGCGAUAUCAUCCAAACUGCAACAAGCAGUAUUCUGUGAGGCUAACCAUCAUUGGUGCUAAUAGUGUUGUUGACUUUACAGUAGUGGCAGAUUAAGAUUAUUGCCCAUGGGGAAAACAGAACAUAUACUGAAGAUGGACAGUGAGAAGCCAUUCCACCAAAAUGGUAGCUUCCACUUUUGUCAAUGUUUACUCCCAAAUGCAUCCUUCUUCGGCGAGAAAUGGGCUUCAAUAUCCAAGCUUGUAUCAACCGAUAUCAACUCAAUCAAUCACAACAUGGAACCCAGAAUACAUGAUUGCCACAUUUCGGUUUUGGCCAUUAUGUCCCGUCGCUCAUCGUGCCCUUCUCUCUUUCUCCCGACUCUCGCACUCAUAAACAUCAGUUCUUCGCUUCUCAUGGGCGCAACCUUUAUCUGCCUAAAUUAUAGCAGAAAUCUAGUGACUCCCAGCUCCACUAUGUCCAGAAUCACCACUCCCAUUCUAGGCUCCUUAGACCCGCAAUUCAAGUCUUCCCAUGACGUCAUCACAUUCUACAGCUUCAUUCUCGCUACAGACGUCUUUGCUCUUACAAUAAUUCUAUGGAUGUCAUAUGGGCCCGCCUAUUUCUGCUCCGCGUGGCUUUUGGUAGUUCAAGCCUAUGGAUAUUGGAUAGAUUUUAAUCCUGUGGAGUUGGUGUUGUGUAUCUUACCCUUGAGUGUUAGCAUUUGGAUGAUGCUCAGUUGGGUAGUGAACUUUCUCCAGAAACGAAGAAAUGGACGAUGUCUUCAUAGAGGAACAAUGAUGAGGUAUAUUUAGUUUGAGGUGUCGUAAAUUUAAGUCUUAUGGAAAAAAGGGCAAGCGUUCGGUUUUGUUUUUCGAUUUGAGAGGCUACGCUCGUAAAGAGGUAUGAGAAACGCUCGUGGGACCAGACACCGUGUUUGAAAAGUCUUCAUGAGUAGAUGUUUAGUAGAGAGGCA